AUGGCUACACCUCCCUCCAAAUUCACCACCAUUUUGGUGAACAACCUCCACUGUCCAUCAUGUGUUUCCAAUAUCGAGGAAACGCUCAACGCGCUCCAACCGUCUCCGUUUUCCGUCACAACCUCAAUAAUCUUGCAAACUAUCAAGAUUCUCCGCCCAAGCACUUUGACUACAGCCCGCAUUAUCCAGGCGUUAGAAGAUGCCGCAUUUGAAAUUGAUAGUGUGCGGACUGAUGAAGACGGCUUCGAGAUCAACGAUGAACAAUACGAGACCACUCAUCGUGGCAAACCCAAGCAUAAUUUGCAUGAGCAGUCUGCAAAACACGUUAGUCAAUGUGAUUCUUGCUCUGUAGAACUAGCAAAGCUUUCUUUUGCGUCAACAGCAAUUCAGAGUGAUGGGGAAAUUGCGAAGCAGGCUACUUCCGCUAGCUUCAUCAGCCCCUCCGGAGACGAUGAGUUGAUGAACAUUAUGACCGAUCGCCUGGACGGAUCCCAGGUCCGCAUUACUUUAUCCAUCAAUGGAAUGUCUUGCAGCUCAUGUGUGAGUAAUAUCACAGCUGCUUUACAGCCAAAACAGUGGAUUCAAUCGGUUGAUGUCAAUCUCCUAACCGCAAGCGCUGUAGUGGUUCUUCUUGACAAAGCACAUGUGGAUGAAGUCUUGGCUACAAUUAAAGGAGCAGGUUAUGCUGUUGACCUCAUUGAAACCGAGAAUAUCCAAACCAAGAAGCCAUCCAAGCCAGUCGCGCAAGUCGACUCGUGGCGCGCUUCGUACAUUAUUGGGGGUAUGACUUGCAGUUCCUGCGUUGGAAAAGUGACAGACACACUCAAGAAGAAAACAUGGAUCACCAAGGUUGAUGUGAACCUUGUCUCCGGAAGCGCAACGGUCGAAUUUCAAGGCAAGAGCCAUCUCGAUGAAAUUCUCACGGUGAUCAAUGGGCUUGGCUACAAAGCUGAUCUCAGCAAUGUUGAGAGUCAGAAUCCGACACAUGAGCAAAGCUCUCAGCGCACACUGAGCAUUCAAAUUGAUGGAAUGCAUUGUUCGAAUUGCCCUCAACGAGUUCUCAAUGCCCUUGCGCUCUUCUCAGACCGACUGGAGGUGACGGAUCCUCCUACUUCAAACAAGUCUCUGUUGACGGUGACUUACACUCCCAACGCGCCAGACUUCACCAUUCGACAUAUCAUCAACUCCAUCGCCGAAGUUGACAAAGCAUUCAAAGUAUCGGUAUAUCACCCCCCUAGCCUGGAGGAACGGUCUCAGGCAAUGCACCGUCGACAGCAAUGGCAGAUCACCCGUCGUCUGGCUAUAGCCGUCGUAGCAGCAAUUCCGACAUUCAUCAUUGGCAUCGUUUACAUGUCCUUGGUUUCCUCUGAUAACCCCGAGCGGGUUUACCUUGAGCAACCAAUGUGGGCUGGUCAAACCUCUCGCAUCGAAUGGGCUUUGUUUAUCAUGGCGACCCCGGUUUAUUUCUUUUCCGCAGAUAUUUUCCAUCGACGUAUGUUUGCCGAAAUCAAGGCUCUUUGGCGACCUGGAAGCACAACGCCAAUUUUGCGACGAUUUUACCGCUUCGGAAGCAUGAAUAUGCUUAUGUCCCUUGGAACUACCAUCUCCUAUAUCUCCUCCAUCGCCAUCCUUGCUAUCAAUGCGACGCAGCCACGUGACGGCAUGGCAACGCACACCGACAGCUUCUUCGACUCUGUCGUCUUCCUCACCAUGUUCUUACUUGUUGGCAGACUUCUCGAAGCCUACAGCAAAGCCAAGGCCGGAGAUGCAGUUAACCUUCUCAGCAAGUUGCGCCCCACAGAGGCUCUGCUGGUCGAACAAGACGAAUCAAACCUGACUGGAUUUGGGAAGGUUAUCACAACUCCUAUCGACCAUUUGGAGUUUGGCGAUAUAGUUCGCGUGCGUAACGGUGCUUCGCCUCCUUACGACGGAACUUUGAUCGAAGGCCGAUCGCAAUUCGAUGAGUCCAGUUUGACGGGAGAGUCGAAAUCUGUGACCAAGUCGGUCGGUGAUGAGGUAUUCUCUGGAACAAUCAACCAGGCAAAUCCAGUUUCGGUCCGAGUAGCACGCCUUUCCGGCGACUCGAUGCUGGACCAGGUGAUCGGAGCGAUCCGGGAAGGCCAAAUUCGCAGAGCGCCCAUUGAGCGUACGGCCGAUCUGAUUACGGGCUUUUUUGUUCCACUGAUAACUCUGAUUGCGAUCCUUGACUGGGUCGUUUGGCUAGCCCUGGGCGCUAGCGGCCGGCUUCCCGAAAGCUGGAAAGCGGACACCGCUGGUGGGUGGGAAUUCUGGUCAUUGCAGUUUGCUAUCUCCGUAUUUGUGGUCGCUUGCCCCUGUGGAAUUGGUCUUGCAGCCCCAACAGCUCUCUUCGUGGGUGGUGGCCUUGCAGCUCAGCAUGGAAUUCUUGUCAAGGGCGGUGGUGAGGCAUUCCAGGAAGCCAGCCAAUUGGAUUGUAUCGUGUUUGACAAGACCGGAACUAUCACCGAGGGUGGUGAGCCUUCUAUCACCGAUUAUGAAGUCACUGCCACUGAUCAUGUUGAUGAGAUUUGGGGCGCAGUUUCAGAGCUUGAAGAGAACAGCAGUCAUCCGAUUGCCAAAGCAAUGGUCAAUUUCGCUACCAAGAAUCAGCCAAGCAAAGUAUCAGCUGUCUCUGUCAACGAGAUCGCUGGAAAAGGAAUGAAGGGUCUGUUCACUCUUCUCGACAACCCAGAUUCGACGCUUGAUAUUGUGGUUGGAAACGAGGCACUCAUGGUCGAUCAUGGUAUUGCAAUUUCGUCUACCCAAAAUCGAGCUUUGAGCGACUGGAAGAUGCAGGCGAAGUCUGUUGUGCUUGUUGGUGCCAAAUUUCGUGAAAGCGGAAGAGCAGACGAGUUAAUUCCUUGGAGACUCUCUUUGAUACUUGCAGUAGCCGAUCCCGUCCGGCCCGAGGCUGUGGCCACCAUCAAAUCCCUGCAAGACCGCAACGUUGCUGUCUGGAUGAUCUCCGGAGAUAACCCCACCACUGCUCAGGCUGUGGGAAAGAUGGUCGGAAUCCCUACAGAAAACAUCAUUGCUGGUGUUUUGCCAGAACAGAAAGCAGAAAGGCCCCCCCAAAGAGGAUGGUUCGGCUCUGGCAAGAAGGCCGCUUCAGGUAGGGCAUUGGUGGCUAUGGUCGGUGACGGCAUCAAUGAUUCUCCUGCAUUGACUACUGCCGAUGUUGGUAUUGCCAUUGGUUCCGGCUCGGACAUUGCGAUAUCCGCUGCGGAAUUUGUUCUUGUAUCCUCCAGCUUGACCUCGCUCCUCACCCUGGUUGAUUUGAGCCGAGUGGUUUUCCGUCGUAUCCGAUUUAACUUCGGCUGGGCCUUAGUUUACAACUGUGUUGCUGUACCAGUUGCAGCCGGUGUCUUUUACCCCAUUGUCAGCAAUGGAAACCACGUACGACUGGACCCUGUUUGGUCUAGUCUUGCGAUGGCUCUCAGCAGUCUCAGUGUCAUCUGCAGUAGUCUUCUGAUGAAGACUCGACUUCCUCUGAUCUUCGCCGGCGGCUGUGUUUACUAUGCAUUUUCGAACUAUGUGCAAGAAUAUAAUUGUCAUUUUAUCCCUUGA